CGGCCCGCACCUCCAGCCAUGACGACCGCGCCGCCCUCGUACGUGCGCCAGAACUACUACCCCGAAUGCGAGGCCGCCAUCAACAACCAGAUCGUCCUGGAGCUCUACGCCUCCUACGUGUAUGAGUCCAUGGCCUCCUAUUUCAGCAGCCACGAGGUGGCCUUGAAGCGCUUCGCCGGGUUCUUCCUGCAGCAGUCCAGCCAGGAGAGGAAGCACGCGGAGAGGCUGAUGGAGCUGCAGAACCAGCGCGGGGGCCACCUCCGCCUGCGCGACAUCAGCAGGCCUGACCGCAACCGCUGGGAGAACGGCCUGAAGGCCAUGGAGUGCGCCUUGCACCUGGAGAGGAGCGUGAACCAGAGCCUGCUCGACCUGCACCAGCUGGCCACCGAGAACAAGGACGCCCACCUGUGCGCCUUCCUGAGCAGUCACUGCCUGCAGGGGCAGGUGGAGUUCAUCAAAGAGCUGGGGGACCACAUCACCAAGCUGCGCAAGAUGGGAGCCCCGGAAUCCGGCUUGGCAGACUACCUCUUUGACAAGCUCACCCUGGGCGACAGUGACAAAAAGAACUGA